UAACAAAUUUAUGUGGGUGCAGAGAGAAUAUUUCUUAACACACACGCCUGCUAGUUUUCGCCAUGGUCGCCUUCCCAUUUGGAUCGCAUUCGUGUUUUUGAGAUCUCUGUCUCGAUUGUAAUUCUCAAUCACUUUUUCCACUUUCACCUUCAAAACCCAUAGCAAUUGCAAUACAUAACCACCGAGAACCUUGAAUUUCGAGCCGUCGUUUAAUUCCUUAGCAUUUCCGAUACUCUACGGGAGCUGGGAAAUAAUGACAGCAAUUGCAGUUCAUCAGUUCGCUCAGUGCAUCACUUGCCAUGCUUGGAGCCCCGACCACUCUAUGGUUGCAUUUUGUCCUAACAAUAAUGAAGUUCACAUUUAUAAAUCAUUACAAGACAACUGGGAGAGAGUACAUGUUCUUCAGAAGCAUGAUCAGCUUAUCUCUGGAAUAGACUGGAGUGUUAGGUCAAACAGAAUUGUGACUGCAUCUCAUGAUCGGAAUUCAUAUGUUUGGAACCUCGAAGGAUCGGAAUGGGUACCAACUCUUGUCAUUCUUAGAUUGAACCGUGCCGCACUCUGCGUUCAGUGGAGUCCAAAAGAAAACAAGUUCGCUGUUGGAAGUGGGGCAAAAACUGUUUGCAUAUGCUAUUAUGAACAAGAGAACAAUUGGUGGGUCAGUAAACUUAUCAGGAAACGACAUGAUUCUUCUGUGACAAAUGUCGCUUGGCAUCCCAAUAAUCUGCUUCUUGCAACAACCUCAACGGAUGGAAAAUGUCGAAUCUUUUCCACAUUCAUUAAAGGCGUUGACACAAAGGAUUCAAGAGCAGGCACAUUUUCGGAUUCAAAAUUUGGAGAGUUAAUCGUUCAGCUUGAUCUCUCAUUCUCUUGGGCAUUUGGCGUGAAGUGGUCUCCAAGUGGGAAUACCUUAGCUUAUGCAGGUCACAAUUCCAUGAUUUACUUCGUAGAUGAAGUUGGUCCUUCUCCUCUAGCCCAGAAUGUUGCAUUCCGAGAUUUGCCUCUUCGUGAUAUACUAUUUGUUUCUGAGAGAAUGGUUAUAGGUGUAGGAUUUGAUUGCCAUCCAAUGGCUUUUGCUGCUGAUGAAAGAGGGAUAUGGAGCUUUGUAAGAUUUCUUGGAGAGAGGAAAACGGCUUCAGGUUCAAAAUAUGGAUCCCAGUUCUCAGAAGCAUUUGGAAAGUUAUAUGGUCAACCGAGGCAAGGCGUUGGCAAUGAUUCAGUUGAAUCUUCAAGAUUGCGCGGAUGCGUCCAUGAGAAUUGCAUAAAUUGUAUUGUGCCUCUUAAAGAGCCAGGUGUCUCCACUAUAAAGCGGUUCAGCACUUCAGGUUUGGACGGAAAAGUGGUUAUUUGGGACUUGGAGGGCCAGGAUGAUCUAUCUCAGUACUUAUGAACCUUGAUUCAUUAACUUUCUCACAUGUAAAGAAUCUUGCUCUUGGCUUUUUGGCACUUCGGCACAUGUCUUGUAUAUUAUAGCAGCUGUUAUGAACUGAUUGCAUUUCUACUUGUAGCACACAAGUGAGUUUGAUUUUGUUUAUGUAGUAUUUUCAGCAAACUUUUAUACACGUGAUUGGAAUUCAAUCUCUCC